CAGCUAAUUAUCCAAUCCACAAGCACCUUGCCUGCCUCUCUCUCUCUCUCUCUCUCUCUUUUUUUUGGUUGUGUCCUAUAUUAAUUUCUUCAUGGCAAGAAUGUCUGAUCCACUUGUGGUUGGCCGAGUGGUUGGGGAUGUGAUUGACUGUUUUGCAACCAGUGUCAAAAUGACAGUCACCUACAACUCCAGCAAGCAUGUCUUCAAUGGCCACGAGCUCUUCCCUUCCUUUGUUACCGCUAAGCCUAGGGUUGAGGUUCAUGGUGGUGACAUGAGGUCCUUCUUCACCCUGGUAAUGACAGACCCAGAUGUUCCCGGUCCUAGUGAUCCAUAUCUGAGGGAGCACUUGCACUGGAUGGUUACGGACAUCCCGGGUACAACAGAUGCCACAUUUGGAAAGGAGGUGGUGGAGUACGAGAUGCCGAGGCCCAACAUAGGAAUCCACAGGUUCGCCUUCAUCCUGUUCAGGCAGAAGCGGCGGGAUGCAGUGAGAGGCCCUCCGUCGAGAGACCACUUCAACACCCGGCGAUUCGCGGAAGACAACGAGCUCGGCCUCCCCGUCGCGGCGGUCUACUUCAACGCUCAGAGAGAAACGGCCGCCAGAAGGCGCUGAAGGACGAAGGCCGCGGCAGCAAUGUGGAUGGAACUGGAACCCUAGAUUAUUACGAUGCGAUUUAGCUUUAAGAGAAAAGCUUUCUAUAACUCGUAACGUGUGUCAGGAGUCUCUGCUGGUCGUCGGAAUAAGGAUACUAAUGUCAAAGGUGAGUGUCGUUUCCGAAAUGGACCUUUGAUGUAACGCUGUAGCGCGUGUUUCGUCUUGUAUUUUGCGACUUGCAAUAAUAAAUCGGGUUGGGAUGCAAAAA